AUGUUUCGAGCAUUGAUUCCAGCAAUAUCAAAUGUUGCAGGAUUAGCGAGGAAUCAAGUUAAAAUCAACACUUUAAAUGUUUUGGCAAGAAAUUUCUCACAAUUUUCAAUUAAGCCUGUAAACAUUCAAUUUCCUGCAUUAAAUACAGCCUGUAAUACGCAAAUAUUAGCACAAAAGUCACUAAUUCAGCCAUGUCAAUCAACAAUUGUAAGAAAUUUAACAAAAUUCUCAUUAAGGAAGGCUAAAAGGAAAAGUGUAAAGGCAGUUAUUAAGAGAUUUUUACGUCUUGACUGGGGAAUUUGGAUUCGAACUCGUGCAGGACGUAAUAAGAGAAUCUGGAGAAAAUCACCAGCACAAAAGUAUAGAGCCAGACAACAUGUCUUCUGUAAUGCAACACAGUCUCAUAUGCUAGAUAAAAUGGCAGGCGAAUAUUACAAGAAGCCAAAGUACUUUGUGGAUGACCUUUAUAGACCAUAUCAUAGUCGAGAAAGCUACUCAAAAACUGCACGAAAGCCAAGAGAUUGGGAUUUAUAA